AUGACUUCGUCAGAUAAGGAGUUUCCAGAAGAUAGCAGCUUUUCGCCAAAGGCCAGCACCAGCAAGCUGCCAACGGAUGCGUCUCCUGACUCAAAAUGCCCUAUCUGCUUGGAUAGAUUUGACAAUGUUGCGUAUCUCGAUCGCUGCUUGCACAGAUUCUGUUUUCGCUGUGUCCAGGAGUGGUCAAAAAACAAAGCAGAAUGCCCUCUUUGCAAGCAACCUUUCUUUUCUAUUUUCCAUACAAUUCGUGCUGAAGAUGACUUUAAGGAAUAUGUACUCAGCCCUUCAGAAAACAGCUCUUUUGCCAGCCCUGAUGGCCAGAGAUUUCGUUACCGUACCACCUUAACAGGGGAACGCCGCACUGUGAGCUCCUCUUCCCGAAGGACGCUGUCCCCUCCAGACAAUGGGAUAUUAUUUGAAGGGUUGUCCAGUGAGCCAGUGCGGCAGAGAGAUGGAGAGAUUCAGCAGAUGAUAAGCAGGCUGGCCUCGAGGAGGCAGGCUAGCGCAGAGGGCAGAUCUCUUCGGCAGAUUCAGGAGGAGGACAUGAUCAACUUCCGCAGAGCUCUGUACCGUACUGGUGUGCGUAUUCGUAGUAUUCAGGAUGGCGGCCGCUAUCGAGACAUUUCAGCAGAGUUCUUCCGCCACAACCCUGCUUGCCUUCACAGGUUGGUUCCGUGGCUGAAGCGAGAACUUACAGUCCUGUUUGGUGCCCAUGGAUCUCUGGUUAACAUUGUACAGCACAUUAUCAUGAGCAAUGUGACUAGGUUCGAUCUGGAAAGUCAGGCCUUUGCUGACGAUUUAAAGCCAUUUUUGCUGAAUCGGACUGAACACUUCUUACAUGAAUUCAUCAGUUUUGCUCGUUGUCCUUUUAACUUAGAAGCAUAUGAUCAACAUGCCAAUUAUGACUGUCCUGCACCAUCAUAUGAUGAAGGAAGCCACUCAGACUCGUCAAUUAUUACAAUAUCUCCAGAUGUGGCGUAUUCUCAAGGGCCAGAUAACAGUUUGUCUGUGACUGGUCUUGAUCAUGCACCCUGGGAUGAUGAAACUCCAGGGCCUUCCUAUUCCAUUUCAGAAGAGGUUCGUACAACCAUAGCUUCUCCUCUGGAGACGUCCGAAAGUUCUGAUGACGGCUCUGCUCCAAAGAGUCGAAGAACCAAACUGCAAACUCGGUUACAGGCUAAUGGUGACUCAAACGACAGUGACUCUUCCUCAGACAAUUGUGUUAUUGUUGGCUAUGUUAAGCCAUUAGCUGAGAGGACCCCAGAAGUGGUUGAGCUGUCCUCGGACUCUGAGGAGUCCAUCAGGGAAGAGAAAAGGGAAACUGUGAAGAAACAGCAGCCAAUCCAGUGCCGCAGCUGGAGUGAUAGUGAACCAAGCAGGAGUUUCUCGCCACAUUCCCCAACAUAUAAGGAGGGUAUAGGUAGUUGUAGAAGCCUCGUAUCUCCAAUUGAGAAGACAGAGUCAAAAGACGGUAACAAGAACAAAUGUAAGGUAAAAGGUCUGUCUCAUCGUGACUUGAGCUGGAGCCCCUCUCCAGGGAGUGACACACUAUGCUCCCCUUGGAAUCACAGAUUGUCUAGAAAAGGAAAGUCCCGGAGCCCACAGGCCUGUUCACGGUACAGUCGAGGCAGUCAUGGCCAUCGGUCUAGGAGGGAGCAUCGCAGCAAACACCAAUUUAAGAGGAGACGAUCGAGAAGCAGAGACAGUAGCAAACAUAGGAGCAAAAGAAGCGGCAGGAAGUCGAGGGGUCAUGACACCAGAGCCUCUCUAAAAAGCCAGAGGGGCUCUCUGAGUCAUGAGAGCACUCCAUCCCGAGAAGUAAGCAGAUCACGAUCACGUAGCAAAGGCCAUGGCAAAAGGAGAUCAAGAAGUAGAGACAGCGAUCGUUAUUAUGUGAGAGACAAUUAUCAAAGCAAAUAUCAGUGGGGUUAUGCUUUCUGUAGUCGAAAGGUGUUUGGAGAUGGCUAUGAAUCCUCCAGCAGGAGGAGGACUCAGUCUAAUGCUCUUUAUUCAAGGCAGUCUGCUAGUCCAGAGUACAGGAUACGAUCAUUUAUUGAAAGGACAGAUCCGCACAGCCAGAAGGGACUCCAUGAGAGACAGUAUUACUGUUACGAAAGAUGCAGGUCAAGGAGUCGAUCAAGCAACAGGUCAAGGACUCCUUCUGGAGGAACUGACAGGAUGAAAAGUGAAAAGCCUGGUGGAAAAAGGAAGUACAAAACUCGCCACUUGGAGAGCGCGUUCACAGAGACCACAAGUCUAGAAAGAGAAAAUGACCCCAAGAAAACAUCCUCAAAAUUCAGUGACUGCUACAGAAGUGAAGAUAGCCUUUCAGACAAUCGAGCAAGCAGUGAGACAAAGCGUAAGAAAAAGAGAAAAAAGAUGAGGAGUCCAAGUGUGGAGAUAGUCUAUGAAGGAAAAGCAACAGACGCAACAAGGCAUCUUAAAAAGAAAAAGAAAAAACACAAGAAGAAACACCGGAAGCACCAUACGAGUAACUUGGCACAUUCUUCUCCAGUGGUGAUUACAAUUGAUAGUGAUAGUAGCAAGGAGCCAGAAAGUACUGAAUGUGACAGCAGUAUUACUUGGAUGGGCAGAACUCAGAUAAAUGAGAGGGAAAACGAGUCUCCAUCUUCUUUUCUGGGAAGGACAGGAUGUGAAGAUGUUUACAAAGUUGGUGAGGAAACUGGAGGAGCAGCCGAGAAGUACAGUGUUCCUACCCGAAAGGGAGACUUAGAUGGUGACAUGAGAAAUGCUGAUGUCGAACUUCGAGAAACCGCAGCUGAUCGAAGUCUUAGCAUAGUGGAUACCAGCAGUAACACCCCUCACACAGAAACCAGCUACGUUCAAGAAGCACCAGCAGCGCCUUCCAGUCAACUGCCUUCCCCCAGGAUUUCCUUCCUAGAGUGUCCAGAGAGACAGCCAUUGACACUAAGACUGCCAAAGGGACUUGUCAACAGAUCCUCUUGGUUUGACUUCCCAGAAGAAAAAAUGUAG